AUGAGCAUCUCCCUACCCAUGCACUCGUCUCCGAGCCAGAGGAACCGUAAGAGCAGGGACUACUUCACAAACAGCUCGGCAACCUCCCCUGGAACUCCCGGCAGUGCACUUAGAGACCUAGCUGUGGAGCCGCCAUCUAUCAACGACCGGCUUAUUGUCGGCGUUGACUUCGGGACUACCUUCUCUGGGGUUGCUGCUGUUUACACCGGGACACCAGACGACGUCGAAAUCAUCAAGACAUGGCCGGGUGGUAAUGGCAUCACGUCGGACAAGGUCCCGACCGAAAUCUCCUAUGACCUCCCAGCCGGGGCAGCCCCCGGGACCGCGCCCACGGUAAAAUGGGGCUUCCAGUUCCGCCCCGAGGAGUCGCGCCUCCGGUGCAUCAAGUUGUUUCUUGACCGCUCGCAGAAGCUGCCCUUCUAUGUCAGCCCCCUAGAGACGGCCGCCCAGCUCAAGCGGUACAACAAGACGGUCGUCGAUGCCGUAAGCGACUACCUGACGCAAAUAUACAAGCACACCAUGGACACUCUCCGCCGACGGUACGGCGAGUCCUUCAUGGCGUCGACCAAGGUCGACUAUGUCCUGACAUGUCCUGCCGUGUGGUCUGAUGCCGCCAAGAACACAACGCUCCAGGCAGCCGAGAGGGCUGGUAUGGGCUCGCAGUCGCAAAUUCAGAUGAUCAGCGAACCCGAGGCGGCCGCUGUCUACACCCUCAAAGCUAUACAGCCGAAUAACCUCAAGGUUGGGGAUAACUUUAUCGUCUGUGAUGGCGGCGGCGGCACUGUCGAUCUGAUUGCUUACAAAAUCGUCUCACUGAAGCCGAUUCGUGUGGAAGAGUCUGCGGUUGGGACUGGUGGACUUUGUGGAAGCGCUUUCCUCAACUACCGCUUCGAGGAGCAUGUGAAAACCCGCAUUGGCCAGAGCCGGUUUGAUGAGAUCAAGACGAAGAAGGGCAAGACAUGGCAGAUGGGGCUCCGGUACUUUGAGGAGUUUGUUAAGCGCAACUUCAACGAGGACGAGCACCAAGAAGUAAACGUUCCCUUCCCCGGCCUCCCCGACGAUGAAGAAGCUGGCCUCGACUCGGGCUUCCUCGUCAUGACAGCUGAACAAAUCAAGGACAUUUUCGACCCCGUUGUCAAGGAGGUCUGCGAUCUCGUCCAGGGCCAGGUCGACACCCUCCGCGCCAAGGGUGGCGUUGUCUCGGGUAUCAUCCUCGUCGGCGGUUUCGGCCAGAGCGAUUACCUCUAUCGCCGGCUUAAAGACCACUUCACCAGCGCCGCACCGCCCCCUUACACCAAGAUACCUACCAACUCCAAUCCCGCCAGUGAUCUCACGGAACACCCUUCUAUCGAGGUGAUGCAGCCCGUCUACGCCUGGACGGCCGUCGUGCGCGGCGCCGUAUUGCGCGGCCUCGAGGGUAACAUGGUGAUAUCCCGCAAAUCCCGCAUGCACUACGGCACGUCAUACGCCACCAUCUACGACGAGGCCAAACACUCGGUCACGGAGCGGUACUGGUCGCCUCUGUGGGAGCGCUGGAUGGUUUCAGACCGGAUGCAGUGGCAUAUCGCCAAGGUGAGCUUCCCUUCCCCCCCACCCUUCCCAGCAGCCUCUACCACCAUCCCCCCUCCCAGCAACCUAUGCUACCACCACAUCCUCCCACCAAUACUAACACCCGCCAUCCACCCCACCCAGGGCGAGGCAAUAUCCCCGCUACAACCCAUCGCCUUCCACUACACGCGCAACUUCCGCUCGGGCCAGUCGCUCGUCGUGACCGACGACCUGAUCGCCUGCGAGGCCGACGAGCCUCCGCGCGCCUACAGCCGCGACCUCGUGCACGUCUGCACCCUGACCACCGACCUCAGCGCCGUGCCCCGCAGCCUCUUCACCCGCCUGACCACCACCCGCGGCGUCGAGUUCGAUAACCUCGAUUUCACCCUCGAGAUGAUUGUGGAUAGUGCGGGGUUGGGGUUCGAGUUGAAGGUGGAUGGGGUGAGGUAUGGGAGGGUGGAUGCGAAGUUUCAUUGA